CUGCUGGAGCCAUCGAUGUCACCUUCACCAGUUCUGCUCCUUACGUGAGCUCUGCCGCGCUCGUCACCGUUUAGCAAUUACCAUUUCGUUUUGUGCAGCCGUCGCACCCCCUUGCUCCACCACGGCUCCGUCAUAGUACUGUGACUCGUUUGACGCCACGCCUACCGCUUGCUCAGACCUCACCUCGUCCGCCAAACGGCCAUGUCUGAUUCCCAGAAGAGCACGCCUGAGGCUGCUGAAGUGAAGCACGACUCUGCUCAGUGCGCUUCACCCAGCUCGUACCUUGGCCUCACUCAAGGUGCCGUGUCGCCGCGAUCACCACUGAAAUCUGUCACGAUCGCUGAACAUCCAGAGACCAUUUCUCCUCUGAUACUCGGCAACCAGAAAAGCGUCGAAGAUCUCAAGUGCGACUGUUCGAGGAAGCCCACUGUCAAGCCGCGCUCGUAUCGCUUGGCCGGACGGCCUCCGGCGAGUCCCUGCAACAAGCCGCUCUGUGUGAAUGCGGAUGGAGCUGGCCAGACUCAGGAGGACCAGGAUGAAGAUGAGACUGACCAUUAUGACCAUUUGAUCACGCAGAUCUCCAGCUGGAUCAAAGACAAGCGAGAGAAGCGACAUCGCCGCAAGGCUAGCCGGCAUGGUCGACAUGAGCCAGCUGCACUCUCAACACCGGAUGAAGUUGGCCAGCCGGAAGAUCGUGCGUCGCAACGAACGCGGCGAGAUUCUGAUGCAUCCGAUGAGUCUCUGGAACUCAACAAGCUGGAGCAAAUUGUGCGACAAAACUUGAAUAUCAGAAGGACCUCCGCUCGGAAAGGCUCGUUGCUCGGUAGUAAGACUUCCGUUCGCAAGCUUCUCCACAGUCGCAAACAGUCUUCUGCAGCUAGUGCCACAGACACAGAGGCACUAGACAAUGAACUCCAUGUUCCGAGCUGCGAAGUUUCCCUGGACAACUCCAAGACUUUAGCAUAUUCAGGAGGUGCUUCGGACUUGUCUGAUGAGGAAGGUGAUGAUGAGCUCAAGCAGAUUGCGUCUCACCGCGACCAAGACGCAUGGGCUAAAUUCAAGUUCGAAAUCACACGCCUGACACAUACACUACGUGUCAAGGGCUGGCGAAAGGUUCCCAUGGAAUGGAGUGCUGCGAUCAGCGUGGAGAGACUUAGUGGUGCUCUGACAAACGCUGUGUAUGUGGUCUCUCCGCCCACUGAUCUUCCUCUUGAGAAGCAUGACGAGCAAGGCAAUGUCAUCGGCGUCAAGAAGGCCCCGCCAAAGCUUCUGCUCAGAAUCUAUGGACCACAGGUGGGACAUCUGAUUGAUCGCGAGUCUGAGCUGGCCAUUCUGCGGCGUCUAGGGCGCAAAAGAAUUGGCCCGAGACUUUUGGGCACCUUUGCCAAUGGUCGCUUCGAGGAAUUCUUCCACGCAAAACCACUGACGCCUCAAGAGCUUCGGGACCCUGAUACGAGUCGCCAGAUCGCCAAACGUAUGCGCGAGCUUCAUGACGGCGUGGAGCUUCUUGACCAGGAGCGCGCUGAUGGACCAUUCGUGUGGCGUAACUGGGACAAAUGGGUUGAUCGUGUCGAACAGAUCGUUACAUGGAUGGAUCGACAAUUCGAAGGAAUGUCGCCAGACGAGAAGCCAGUGGGGAACCGAGCAUGGCUACGUCGUGGGUACAUUUGUGGCGUUCCAUGGAAGCAGUUCAGAGCGGUCCUUGAGCAGUACCGCGACUGGCUGAAAAAGCAGUAUGGCGGUACCAAACGUCUCCAGGAAGCGCUUGUUUUCGCACACAACGACACGCAAUAUGGCAAUAUCUUGCGGCAGAUCCCGUCAGGCGAGAGUCCACUGCUCUUACCAUCGAACACCCACAAACAGCUUAUCGUCAUCGAUUUCGAGUACUCCAAUGCCAACACUCCCGGCCUUGAAUUCGCCAACCACUUCACGGAGUGGUGCUACAAUUACCACGACGAGAAGAAGCCUUACGGAAUGCAAGCAAACAUGUAUCCUACGCCAGAGGAGCAAGAUCGCUUCGUCCGUGCCUAUGUGCGCCAUCGAUCGCAGUUCAAUGUGUCGACUCCGAAAUUGGCUCCCACAUCAACUUCUGCUGAUGCCAGAGAGCCAGAACCCAUCAAAAGAUCGACGACCAGCAUAUCGGAUUUCAUGCUUGAUGUCCGAACUCCAUCGCAGACUGCCGCUGUGCCAGCGGAAGACGAUGCCCAGAAGAAGAGAGAGGACGCAGAAGUGAAGCGUCUCCUGGAUGAGACGAGAAUGUGGCGCUUAGCCAACACCGCUCAGUGGAUAGCCUGGGGUAUCAUCCAAGCCAAAGUUCCUGGUAUGCCGCUUUUCGAUGGCAGUGCUGUAGCUAGUGAAAGCGAAGGUGAAAGUCCAGAGAACCUGCUUGGCGAGAGAGCAGACCAGUACAAGGAGAUUCUGAAGGAACAGCAAGGGGACGAGCCAGUUGCUGAGGAUGAGGAAUUCGAUUAUCUUGGUUAUGCGCAACACCGGGCUAUGUUCUUCUGGGGCGACGCAUUGCAGAUGGGCUUCAUCAAGCCAGAGGAUCUCAGCCAGGAGACGAGAGAAAAGGUCAAGACGGUCGAGUACUAGGUAGCAAUGUGCCGUUUUGUGCUGUCGUGGAAAGUCGAAGGGAAGGAUUUUCGGCAUACAGGCAACUAUGCCAGCCUCGAUAUUGCUUUGUCAUACUGUCAGACGGACCGGGAUUCUGAGAUCUUGGUGCAAGAUCGUAUUCGCAUGCCGAAUUCGGUUCCUUCACUAUGCUCCAUCACUGCAAUCGGAGUGGCAGUUUCAUAUCCUAUCAAUGAAAACCCCAAACUCGCAAGGAUCGC